AUGAAUGCUGAUCAUUACUGCGCAACACUAGAGAACUUGCAGGGAGCCGUUCAGAAGAAGAGGCAUGGGAUGCUCGUUGCUGGUGUUGUGUUACUCCAUGGCAAUGCUCACCUGUAUACAGCAAAUUCCACAAAAAAUCUGCUGCAGAAGUUUUACUGGGAUGUGAUUGGCCAUCCACCCUUUAGUCCCAAUGCUGCUCUCAGUGACUUGCAGCUGAAGAAAUUCUUGUCCAGGCAUCACUUUCCCACAGAAGAUGUCCAGACAACUUUGUGGCUGACUCUAGCUAGAAAACAUCUUGAGAGUAAAAAUAUUGAUAUAAAAAGAGCCUUUGCUGUUUGCUUUAGUGAAAAGAAUGAUCCAGAUGAUGCAGAACUUGGCACUCAAAUCAUAAAGGAUCUUCAUCGUACAGGUUGUAGUCCAUUUAGUGGAGAUGUAGCUGAACAAAAUCAGACACAUUUGAAAAGAGUUCUGUUAGGAUAUGCAAGAUGGAAUCCUAAUGUUGGUUACUGCCAAGGAUUUAAUAUGCUUGCCGCCAUUAUUUUAGAAGUUGUAGAAUGGUUAGAAGAAGAUGCUUUAAUAGUGAUGAUUUUUUUAAUUGAGGAAGUACUUCCUGAAAGUUAUUUUGCCAAUCAUUUAAGAGGUUUGUCAGUUGACAUGGCAGUUUUUCGAGAUCUUCUUAGAUUGCGUCUCUCUAGUCUUUCUGCUCAUUUACAAAUUGCAAGCAAAUACUCAGGAUACUAAUACAGGUCAUGUCUAUGAGCCACCGUUAACAAACGUAUUUACUAUGCAGUGGUUCCUUACUUUAUUCACUAACUGUUUGCCAAAAGGUACUGUGUUAAGAGUAUGGGAUUUGAUCUUCUUAGAAGGCAAUGAAGUAUUACUG